UUGUUUUCUUGUCUACUGUCUAUGAUGUCUUUCUUAUCUAUGGAUCUCUUUGGUAGAUAGGUUAGAAGGUUCCAGGCGUUGCAGUUUUUAAUGCACUCGUAAAUCAUGAAGCUAAACGUGUCAUUUCCUGCCACAGGAUGCCAGAAAUUGUUCGAGGUAGUGGACGAACACAAACUCCGAAUCUUUUAUGAGAAGCGUAUGGGUGCAGAAAUAGACGCUGAUGCUUUAGGAGAUGAAUGGAAAGGCUAUGUUUUACGUAUCACUGGUGGUAAUGACAAACAAGGUUUUCCUAUGAAACAAGGUGUUUUAACUAACGCCCGUGUUCGUUUGUUGUUGUCCAAGGGUCAUUCAUGUUAUAGACCAAGACGUGAUGGUGAAAGGAAACGUAAAUCAGUACGUGGUUGCAUAGUGGAUGCAAAUUUAAGUGUUAUUUCACUGGUUAUUGUGCGAAAGGGACAACAAGAAAUCCCUGGUCUAACAGAUACAACUGUUCCACGAAGAUUGGGACCUAAAAGGGCCUCUAAAAUCAGGAAAUUAUUCAAUUUAAGUAAAGAAGAUGAUGUGCGUCAAUUUGUUGUUAAAAGACCACUUCCUCAAAAAGAAGGCAAGAAACAAAGAUUUAAGGCUCCAAAAAUACAGAGAUUGAUUACUCCAGUUGUAUUACAACGCAAACGUCAUCGUUUGGCCCUGAAAAAGAAACGCUGCUUGAGACGCAAGGAACAACAAGACAACUAUGCUAAAUUGUUAGCUCAGAGGAAGAAGGAAUCAAAAGCACGAAGACAAGAAGAACUGAAGAGGCGUCGUUCCGCUAGUUUAAGAGACAGCAAAUCGAGUUCACAGAGUGCUCCUUAAGAAGUAUGUUUUGUAUCUGCCAGCAUUUGAUACAAAAAUGUUUAAAACAUGUUUAUAAAACAAAAUAAAUAAUUGAAAUCA